AUGCAUGGCGAUGGUAUCGCCGAACAAAAUCUGCGAGAGAAUCCCCUAGGUGGUCUGCGUACGAACGAGCGGAACAUCAGCGUAGAAAGCGAAUACGAGUAUGGCAGCAGAGCCGGCUUCUGGAGGCUCUUCAGGUUGUUCAAUGACAACAAGAUGAAGUUCACGCUCUAUGCUGUGGCUCAGGCCGUAGAAGAGAAUCCUGCUGUUGUGAAGCGGUGCGUCGACGAGGGUCAUGAGAUUGCGAGCCAUGCCUACCGCUGGGUCGAUUAUCACGACUUCCCGGUUGAGAAGGAGAAAGAGUACAUCAAGAAAGGCAUCGAAUCGCUGAAGUCACUGUCCGGCUACGCACCCAAGGGCUGGUAUUAUGGCCGCAACUCGCCGCAUAGCCGUACUCUUGUUCCUCAGGUCUAUCAGGAGAUGGGCGAAGAGCUCCUCUGGACUUCUGACACCUACGCCGACGACGUUCCUUACUGGACAGAUCUGAGCUUCGAGAAGGACUCUGAGAGUCCAAAAGGGCAGCUUAUGUUGCCCUACGCGUACGAUACAAAUGAUUUUAAAUUCCACGUCGUCGGUUCCGGAUUCCGGGAUCCCGCUGGAUUUUAUGAUCACAUCAAGGGGGCGUUCGAUGUGCUAUAUGAGGAGGGUGAAAAGGGCAUGCCUAAGAUGAUGACAAUCGGACUACAUUGCCGAAUCAUUGGUAGACCUGGUAGAUUUGCUGCUUUGAAAAGGUUUGUGGAGGAAAUUGGGAAGAAAGAAGGAGUAUGGGUAGCUACGAGGACUGAGAUUGCAGAGGCAUUUAGGAAGGAAUAUCCGUACAAAAAGGGCCAAUUAGCAUAG